CCUCCCCCACUCCCCCACCCCACUGCCCGCUCCGGCUACCGCGGUGAGCGCCAGGGAGAGCCCUUUGGGGAGCCCGGGAACCCGCGGUCGCCACCGCGGUGGCGACCCGGUGCUAGCGGCGUCCUGGUGCCGCUUUCCUCCAGAAGCUCAGCCUGCACUGCUAGCAGCUUCUGUGUCUGCCUAGGCUUCAAAAAUCAGUGCACACCCCGAAGAGGUGUUUUUCUAGAAGGUAGCUAUGAUGAGUGGGCCCCUGAGAUGGGAGACGGGGAGGUAAAAUGCACGUUUGCUGCCCCCCAGUAACUUUGGAACAGGACCUUCACAGAAAAAUGCAUAGCUGGAUGCUGCAGACUCUAGCGUUUGCUGUAACAUCUCUCGUCCUUUCCUGUGCAGAAACCAUCGAUUAUUAUGGGGAAAUCUGUGACAAUGCAUGUCCUUGUGAGGAAAAGGACGGCAUCUUAACCGUGAGCUGUGAAAACCGGGGGAUCAUCAGUCUCUCUGAAAUUAGCCCUCCCCGUUUCCCAAUUUAUCACCUCUUGUUGUCUGGGAACCUUCUGAACCGUCUGUAUCCCAAUGAGUUUGUCAAUUACACUGGGGCUUCAAUUUUACAUCUGGGAAGCAAUGUUAUCCAAGACAUUGAGACUGGGGCUUUCAAUGGGCUGCGGGGUUUGAGGCGACUACACCUAAACAAUAAUAAACUGGAACUCCUUCGAGAUGACACCUUCCUUGGCUUGGAGAACUUAGAAUACCUGCAGGUCGACUACAAUUACAUCAGCGUCAUUGAACCCAAUGCUUUCGGGAAACUGCAUAUGUUGCAGGUGCUUAUCCUCAAUGACAAUCUCUUGUCAGGUUUACCUAACAAUCUUUUCCGUUUUGUGCCCUUAACGCACUUGGACCUGCGGGGGAACAGGCUGAAACUUCUGCCCUAUAUGGGGCUGUUGCAACACAUGGAUAAAGUUGUGGAAUUGCAGCUGGAGGAAAACCCCUGGAAUUGCUCCUGUGAGCUCAUUUCUCUCAAGGAUUGGUUGGACAGCAUCUCCUACUCAGCCCUUGUGGGUGAUGUGGUCUGUGAGACCCCCUUCCGUUUACACGGCAGGGACUUGGAUGAGGUAUCCAAGCAGGAACUUUGUCCAAGGAAACUUAUUUCUGACUAUGAAAUGAGGCCACAGACUCCUUUAAGCACCACGGGGUAUUUGCAUACUACCCCAGCCUCUGUGAAUUCUGUGGCCACUUCUUCCUCUGCUGUUUACAAGCCCCCCUUGAAGCCUCCUAAGGGGACGCGCCAGCCCAACAAGCCUAGAGUGCGCCCCACUUCUAGGCAGCCCUCUAAAGACUUGGGUUACAGUAACUAUGGCCCCAGCAUAGCCUACCAGACCAAAUCCCCGGUGCCUUUGGAGUGUCCCACCGCCUGCACUUGCAACCUUCAGAUCUCUGAUCUGGGCCUCAAUGUCAACUGCCAAGAGCGCAAGAUUGAGAGCAUCGCGGAGCUGCAGCCCAAGCCCUACAAUCCCAAGAAAAUGUACCUAACAGAGAACUACAUCACUGUUGUGCGCAGGACAGACUUCCUGGAAGCCACGGGGCUGGAUCUGCUGCACCUGGGUAACAACCGCAUCUCCAUGAUCCAGGACCGGGCCUUUGGGGACCUCAGCAACCUGAGACGUCUCUAUCUGAAUGGCAACAGGAUCGAGAGGCUGAGCCCAGAGUUAUUCUAUGGCCUGCAGAGCUUGCAGUAUCUCUUCCUCCAGUACAAUCUCAUUCGCGAAAUCCAGUCCGGGACUUUUGAUCCAGUCCCCAACCUCCAGUUACUAUUCUUGAAUAACAACCAACUGCAGACCAUGCCUUCAGGUGUCUUCUCUGGCCUGACUCUUCUCAGGCUAAACCUGAGGAGCAACAGCUUCGCCUCCUUGCCAGUUAGUGGAGUUCUGGAUCAGCUGACAUCCCUCAUCCAAAUCGAUCUACACGACAACCCUUGGGAUUGUACCUGCGAUGUGGUGGGCAUGAAGCUGUGGAUCGAGCAGCUCAAAGUGGGAGUGUUAGUGGACGAAGUGGUCUGUAAGGCGCCCAAGAAAUUUGCCGAGACUUACAUGCGCUCCAUCAAGUCAGAACUGCUGUGUCCAGACUAUUCUGAUGUGGUGGUUUUCACGCCCACGCCCUCUUCCAUCCAGAUACCAUCCCGGACCAAUGCAGCCACACCAGCUGUGAGGCUGAACAGCACUGGCUCCCCUGCGGGCUUAGGUGCUGGAGCCGGGGCUUCGUCAGUGCCCUUAUCGGUGCUGAUACUCAGCCUGCUGCUUGUUUUCAUCAUGUCCGUCUUCGUGGCUGCAGGCCUCUUCGUGCUGGUCAUGAAACGCAGGAAGAAGAACCAGAACGACCACACCAGCACCAACAACUCCGACGUGAGCUCCUUUAACAUGCAGUACAGCGUGUAUGGGGGUGGAGGCGGCAGCGGGGGUGGCCACCCGCACGCGCACGUGCACCACCGCGGACCGGCUUUGCCCAAGGUGAAGACUCCCGCUGGCCACGUGUAUGAAUACAUCCCUCACCCACUGGGCCACAUGUGCAAAAAUCCCAUCUACAGGUCUCGAGAAGGCAACUCCGUGGAGGAUUACAAAGACCUGCACGAGCUCAAGGUCACCUACAGCAGCAACCACCACCUGCAGCAGCAGCAGCAGCCACCGCCGCCGCAGCAGCCCCAGCAGCAGCCCCCUCCGCAGCUGCAGCUGCAGCCCGGGGAGGAGGAGAGGCGGGAAAGCCACCACUUGCGGAGCCCCGCCUACAGCGUCAGCACCAUCGAGCCCCGAGAGGACCUUCUGUCGCCCGUGCAGGACGCUGAUCGCUUUUACAGGGGCAUUUUAGAGCCAGACAAACACUGCUCCACUAGCCCUGCCGGCAGCAGCCUCCCGGAAUACCCCAAAUUCCCAUGCAGCUCGGCUGCUUACACUUUCUCCCCAAACUAUGACCUGCGACGCCCCCAUCAGUAUUUGCACCCGGGGGCAGGGGACAGCAGGCUGCGGGAACCGGUGCUCUACAGCCCUCCCGGUGCUGUCUUUGUAGAACCGAACCGGAAUGAGUAUCUGGAGUUAAAAGCAAAACUAAAUGUUGAGCCGGACUACCUCGAAGUGCUGGAAAAACAGACCACAUUCAGUCAGUUCUAAAAACAAAGAAACUCCGUUGGAGCUUUUACGUUUGAAACAAACAAGCAAGCAGACACACUUGGUGAACACAUUUGAUUAAUUGUGUCGUUUCAACAUUUAGGGUGAAGUGCCUUGGCACGGGAUUCUCAGCUUCGGUGGAAGCUAACUGAAAGGGUGUGCAAUUUACUUUUAAUUUUACACGCGGGAAACAUUUAUGUAAACUAGGCACAUCACUUUCUCUUGUCUGUGGGGGAAGAGAGAAGGGCUUUUGGGAGGGUGAUUUGCAUCGAGGGUGACCUUCAACAGGUUGGGGUCCCUUUUUGCAGUGCUCUGAAGUGCUAAGAAGGGUUGGGGGUGGAAGCAGCUUCGAUUCUACUCACCCUUUUCGCUCCUCUUCUCAUGUCCUUCUUGUCCUUAGAGCCUUGGCAUUGGUUGAGAGUUUAGCACACCCCAACUUUAAUUGGAAGUUUGUUCUCUCUUGCUUCCCUCCCUCCCUUCCCCCUCCCACCUUCUGUCCUAAUCUUUUCCUUUGUUUUUAAAGAAUGUGUUUGUAUGCAUUCUGGACAUUUGAAUUAAAAAAAAAGUCUUGUGAUCCAGAAAGACUCACUAUAGAUGUGGACAAAUCAUUAAAAUUACAGAGCUAUAUGAUCCAUAAUUGAUUAGUCAAAAUAACUUAUUGAUGAAAUAUACAAAUAUUUUAUUGUAGCACCUAUUUUUAUAUGCACAUUUAGCAUUCCUCUUUCCUUCACUGUUUAGCCUAUGAUUUUCUCCGAGGUGUUGUUGCACUGUACUACGAGCUGCAUUUCCAAAACCAGAGUAAUAUCAGAAAGGCCUAGUAAAUAUUUAAAGACAUGGAGCACUAAAUGGCAAAAGUCUUUAAAAAAAAAUCUAUGAAACCCACCCAAUGGGACUCACGAUUCAAAAAAUAGUAAACUAAAAAGUGAAGUUGUUUGUAACCCGCUGUAUAAGGGAAAAGAUGGAGCAAUUAAUUGGGUAGUUCGAGUGAGAAAAGUGUGGAAGUUUUGGAUAUAUCAGAGAAGGCUGAAAAUUAUUUUUAUUAGUGAACCAAAAUGAUGUAUUGAUUUGACUACUAUUGUAGCCGAUUUUUGAUUGUGUAACCAAACCCAGUUGCAUUUGUACAGUUCCGCGUGCCCUUGCACCUCAGAAGACCAAAUGAUGGGCUGUACAAGUCAGUCCAAUGUCUUUCUCCCUCUGGGCAGAUGCUGACCACACACAGGAUCUCUGUAAGAUGGAACUACUAUUGUUACAGUCUCAUAUGUAUCCCAGCACAUGUAAUUUUUUAAAUAGUUUCUGAAUAAACACUUGAUAACUAUGUCAA